ACCUUGGGCCUCCCAAAUCCCAGUCCACUGCGCUUCCCGCUACUCGAGUCUCAGCGAAGCCGGUUCCCCUACACUCUUUCGAAACCUCUUCACCAGGUUCCUGCUGCUCCUGAUAAACACAGCCUUCCUUUCCCAUAGACUCCUUCCUGCCUUCGACGCCUCCUGGUUGCAAUGAAAUGGUUCUUAUGACCACUUGGGUUGUUAGGGGUUUUGGUAGUGCAGGUGUUUUUGCAAGCGGAGGGCUGUGCAGGUGUGCGGGGAAGAUGCGGGGAGGCGGGGGCGGCGGCCCAGCCGCGGAUGGAUAUUGACCACCUGUUCCGUGCCGGCAGCCUGGAGAGAAAGUCAAGCAAAGCCAAGGAGAAGAAGCAGAAGCGGUUGGAGGAGCGAGCAGCCAUGGAUGCCGUUUGUGCCAAAGUGGACGCUGCCAACAGGCUCGGGGACCCUCUGGAGGCUUUCCCAGUGUUCAAGAAAUAUGAUAGAAACGGGUUGAAUGUCUCCAUUGAAUGUAAGCGAGUGUCUGGACUGGAGCCAGCCACCGUGGAUUGGGCCUUCGACCUGACCAAAACGAAUAUGCAAACCAUGUAUGAGCAGAGCGAGUGGGGCUGGAAGGACCGAGAGAAACGGGAGGAAAUGACAGAUGACCGAGCCUGGUACCUCAUCGCGUGGGAAAACAGCUCCGUCCCUGUUGCCUUUUCUCACUUCCGGUUUGACGUGGAGUGUGGGGAUGAAGUCUUGUACUGCUAUGAAGUGCAGUUGGAAAGCAAGGUGCGGCGGAAAGGCCUGGGGAAGUUCCUCAUACAGAUCCUGCAGCUCAUGGCCAACAGCACACAGAUGAAGAAGGUUAUGUUAACAGUAUUUAAACACAAUCAUGGUGCCUACCAGUUCUUCAGAGAAGCAUUGCAAUUUGAAAUUGAUGACACUUCCCCCAGCAUGUCUGGUUGCUGUGGGGAGGAUUGCUCCUAUGAGAUCCUGAGCCGGAGGACCAAGUUUGGGGACAGCCAUCACUCCCACGCGGGUGGGCACUGUGGUGGCUGCUGCCACUGAACUCUCAGAGCCACUUUCAAGUCACAGUGCUCUCUCCUAAGGCCUUUCCUCUUUCCUGGUCUCACCGUUCACUGGGUGUCCUCAGAGCUGUGGCCUCCCCAGCCCUGCACGUGCCAGGCUGCACCCUGAGAGCACAGAACCCUGGGGAGAAGUGGUAUGAGCUGCUCCUCCUCUCCUAGGAGACCAGAGUGCUAGGAGGGAGUGAAAGGGAGAGGGAAGAGUGGGUGGGGCCUGGCAGUGAAGCUCAUCCUCCACAGUGGCUGCCGCCUCACUUGGCUCCUGGGGCCUGCAGUGGAGGUUCUCGCACCUCUGCAGCUCCUAGAUUCAGGGCAACCUCCCCUCCCCUGACAAAUACACACUUGGACAAAUGGGAUGUUUAUGCCCACCUGUAUGAAAGUUCUGGAGUCCUGGGUCUGGGGUUUGCUGAUCCCCAAAGAGGAACACACUGGGUGUAAGAUCUGGGCAUAGAGGGCGGCUUCAGAGAGACUCACACUUUCGCAGAUGGAAUGCUCUUACGGAGGCUGUGGGAAGAUCUUUUGUGCCAAGAUGCAGGGAAGUGAAGAAAGCUCUUUCCAGCUGUUUUUAUGGAUUCAUGGAAUGGGCUCUUGUUGGGACCAGCUGACUCUGGGAGGAAGACUGCCUCUCCAUCGCUGUCAGAGAGAGCCCGAAAGGACCAGGAAUGAGGUGUUCUGUGGGACCCGCCAUGGGGAUGAUUGCUUCUCUAGGCUCCUGGAUGUUGCUGCAUUCUAAGCUUAACCUCCUGGUCUCAUGGCAGUGACUUGAGCUUUUGAUUCGUAGAAGAAAGCCAGAGGUUCUGCUUGUUCUUGCCUGCCAGCCCUCACCGUUCUUUCUCCUCUGCCUCUCACCUCUACCCCAAAUACCUCUGUUCUUAGUCUCAAGGGGAGAAUAACAUCAGGGAGCCCCUCGUCUUCCCCAGAAGGACUUCUCGUUCUUCAUGUAGUUAACUCCAUUUAUUUUCAUAUCUUGGUGCUGAUAGCUCUCUAAGGGUAGGGCACCCCUCCCCGCAGCCACCCUCCCUCUUCAGAGAGCCCCCAGCCAGCAGCAGGCCCCUCUGCCUGCACUCCUCAGGCUUGCCCCUUGCUGCCUCAGUGAGGCACUAGUGCCACUGCCAUGGCCCAGCCGGGCCAUAGCUCAGGCUGCAGCAGGAAUGCCUCUCAGUGGCCAACAGUUACUUUUCUCUCUAGUGUCACCCUGUGGCAACAGGCUGGAGCAGGGGAAGGAGAAAGCCUUCCUCUUCUCUCAUAGGAUAGAAAGGCAGGCUCGGCCGGGCGCGGUGGCUCACUCCUGUAAUCCCAGCACUUUGGGAGGCCGAGGCGGGUGGAUCACGAGGUCAGGAGAUCGAGACCAUCCUGGCUAACACAGUGAAACCCUGUCUACAAAAAAUUAGCCGGGCAAGGUGGCAGGCGCCUGUAGUCCCAGCUACGCGGGAGGCUGAGGCAGGAGAAUGGCGUGAACCCCGGGGGGCGGAGCCUGCAGUGAGCCGAGAUCGCGCCACUGCACUCCAGCCUGGGUGAAAGAGUGAGACUCCUUCCCAAAAAAAAAAAAAAAGAAAGGCAGGCUCAGAACCAAUGCUUAUCCUGAUCUCUAGGCCUUGUUCCUCUUCCAGGGAAGAAAAACCAAAUCCUUAUCAAAGAAAAAGCACCUAACAGCUCCCUUUGGAUAUUCCUGAGCUCUGCUGUGGGGAGUAUCAUAAAGGUUCUAGCCUUCGUGAAGUUGCUCUCGUGGAGGUGUGUUGGUCCCUCUGACCUCAGCAUCUGCUCACAUCCCACCCUCUGCCCAACUCUGGCAGUCUGUCCUGGCAGAUCUCCCCAGAGUGGUCCUUGCUUCUCACCUGGAUUCCUGCUUGUGCAGGAGCCUGUGUACGCAGGGCCUCCCUCACCCAGCCUGGCCCCUCUGCCGAGCACUCUGCACUGCUCUUGAUGGGCAGCAGUGGGACUGGGAACUCCUUAGAGAGGGCCUUGCAGCUUUACACUGGAAUAAGUCUGCCUUUGCCUCACCCUGCUUGCUCCUGGUGGGUUUCAUCCCAGGCAGAGUUGACAUCUCUGGAGGGGUUUGGUGGACUCCUAAGAAUCAUGAAACCACAGGAACAUGUUUAGGAAGAGAUUUUUCUCUGGUCCCUGUCUCUCAAAGGACACAGAUGAUAAAUAUUUAUUGUCUUAGAUCAUGGAUUCCUGAUACCUCUCACUCAAGGGGACCAAAAGGAACCCCCCGUGUUCAUCCCUUGUAAGGUGAGUUCAGUGUACGUUGUCUCUUUCCAGUCACUGGAUGCGUGGCACCAACUGGUUAAUGGGUGCUUGGUGCCAUACCCUGCUCACCCCAGUCUCUGCAGGCCAUGUCCUGAAGGGUUCCUCAGGAGGUCAGGACUAGGGUGGGAGAGGCACUGUCUGAGACCCGCAGUCACUCUUGUUGGUCUUGAGCCCAUUCAUUUCCAAAACAUCCAUCUUUCUCCACUUCCUCCAGGUCUUGGUUUUGAGAAACAGCUGGCAUGGCUGGGUGCGGUGGCUUACACCUGUAAUCCCAGCACUUUGGGAGGCUGAGGCAGGCAGGUCACCUGAGGUCAGGAGUUCAAGACCAGCCCGGUCAACAUGGCAAAAGCCCAUCUCUCCUAAAAAAUACAAAAAUUAGCCGGGCGUGGUUGUGGCCUGUAAUCCCAGCUAGGGAGGCUGGGGCAGGAGACUCACUUGAACCCAGGAGGUGGAGGUUGUGGUGAGCUGAGAUCAUGCCAUUGCACUCCAGCCUAGGUGACAGAGCGAGACUCCAUCUCAAAAAAAAAAAAAACAGAGAAACAUAGCAGGCCUUUUGUACCAGGCUUUUUGUGUUUUGUUUGUUUGGAGCGUGUUAAGAUUUUUUUAAGAUUUUUAAAAUUUUAGUUAUAUCCACCCUGUUUCAGGUUAUUUUUGUUGGUGUCAAGUAUGUAUAGGACAUGUGAAUGGUUCUUUUUAAUUUUUUUUUAAGAGGAAAUUCGGAAGAUAAACUCCUUGAUAAUAUAUAUAUAUAUAUUUUUUUCUUUAGCAGCUUGUUAUCACUGGAAUCAAAGGGAAAAAGUGAUCUCUUUUUGCAUUGGUUGUAUUUGUAUGUCACAAAUAAAAGACACUUUGUUCA